AUGAUCACUGUUCACUUCAUUAUUCACGAGUCCUUCGAAGCUCCUGGAGCAUAUGAGACCUGGGCAAAAGAUCGAAGAUACAGCACCUCUUACUCUCAACUUUAUCUUGGCGACUCUUUACCCCAAUCAAUCAACUCCAUCGAUUUAUUAAUCGUUCUGGGAGGUCCUCAAAACCCAUCUACCACCACAGAUGAGUGCCCAUAUUUCAACGCCGCAGCCGAGAAAGAAUUGAUCCUGAAAUGCGUCAACGCUGGCAAAGCGGUUGUGGGGGUUUGUUUAGGUGCACAACUUGUUGGCGAGUCUCUGGGCGCAUCAUGGGAGAAAAGCCCCGAGAAGGAAAUCGGCAAUUUCCCCAUUACACUCACCAAAGCUGGGGAGAUAAGCGAGAAGUUCACGCAGUUUGGUUCCAGCUUGCUAGUCGGCCAUUGGCAUAGUGGCAUGCCAGGACUCACGCCUGACGCAAAGAUCAUUGCUUGGAGCUCGGGUUGUCCACGCCAAAUAGUUGAAUAUACGAGUCUGGUGUAUGGAUUCCAGUGCCAUUUGGAGUUCAACCACGAAGUCGUCGAGGCAUUAAUACAGGCGAGCAAUGAUGAGCUUCCUACCCUCAAGCAACAUCGCUUUGUCCAACAGCCUGACGAUCUACGUAUGAACAAUUAUGAGCGAAUGAACGAGAAAUUGUUCAUCUUCUUGGACCACCUCAUAGACUCAUAUCUUGCGGCUCAGUACUAG